AUGUCCCAAACUAUAGGCAAGACUCGUCUUGCCUACUCCCGUACAUGGCACUACCUCGACGUCGGCAGCGACUCGCGCUCACUAGGUCGCAUUGCCUCCUCUAUUGCCGUCUUUCUCAUGGGCAAACAUAAACCAAUUUGGGAUCCUUCCACCGAUUGCGGCGAUUAUGUGGUGGCUACGGGAUGCCAUAACAUACACGUUACCGGCAGAAAGAGAUUACAGAAACAGUACUAUACACACAACACGCGCCCUGGCAGUCUCAAACAAAUGAGCAUGGACCGGAUGAUCGAGAAAUGGGGUGGAGGAGAGGUAUUGAAGAGAGCAGUGCGAGGCAUGCUUCCCAAAAACAGGCUGCGGGAUAAGAGGCUGGCACGGUUAAAAGUCUUCGAAGGCACAGCGCAUCCUUACAAGCAGAAUAUUGUCAAAUUUGCUGGGAAGCCUCAUGUCCCAGGGCCAGUCACGCAGGCUAUUGAGGCCGCCAGCGCGAGCUCAAGUUCGGCAUGA